GCUCAGUGACCAGCAUUUAAUUUUGGGAGCCAUAUUGGCAAAGUUUUUUCACAACAAUUUGUUCAUUUUUGAACGUUUAAACUGCAGUUUUGUCCACGAAUAAACGUACAAUGUCGGCCUCAAGAUUCCUCUUUCGUAAUGGUCUAUUAUCCAGAAUCGCUCGUCGUACGUUUGCGACGGAGGUAGCCAUAUCAGGGGCCCCUAAAUUCGAGCCUUACAGUCCAGUGGAAGUGGAAAGAAAUGAUAUCGCAGAGAGUCUUCUUGAAAAGGCCAAGAAACCCUGGACUGAGCUUAGUAAAGAUGAUAAAAUAGCAAUAUACCGUGCUUCAUUUCCUUAUACAAUUGAAUCAAUGGCACAACAAGAAUCUCACACCAAAGAAAUUGUUGGUGCUGUCUCUAUAUUAUUGGCAAUCUCCUUGACAUUUUUCUUAUUUUUAAGAAAAUAUGUUUCAGCAGAAGCUCCAUCAACUAUCAAUGAAGAGUGGGAAAAAGCAACGGUAGAAAAACUCAAAAAGAACCGAGCCAAUCCAAUAACUGGUGUCUCCUCUCAGUGAACUGUUUCAUAUUUAUUUGCAAUAAAAAUGCAUGCAAGUAUUGCUUAUAGAUAAAAAGAUGUUCUGUAUUUAGCAUGUUUGACAUUGAAUAUGCGUAGCAGCGUGGGUUAAAUCUUUAUCUGUUAAAUGAAUUAAAUAUUUCUUUUUUGA